AUUUUGUUUGUUAGAAUUGCUCUAAGCACUUUGAGUGCGCGGUAUGUAAACCCCUCGACUAAGCCUGCCAUCUCUGCGGGCUCAAUUGAUGUGGGUGAUUAUCGAUGUUCUACGCUGUAAUGAGCAAUUCCCUAAACUCCAUCAUGCUAAAACUAAAAAAUUCCAUAGAUUCGAACCAAAAUGUAACUGAUUUGAAUGCAAUAUGUGACGUCGUCGGCCAUCUGGAAAACUUCCCGAUGACUAUGAUUCAAUUGCAAGAUACUAGGAUCGGUCAGUUGUUACAAACCAUCCGUCACAAGGUUGACCCACCUCUCCAAAAACGCAUUAGGCUCAUUAUCAAGGCAUGGCAGAAGUUACUUUCCUCUGAGUAUUCACAUCAAUAUGUUAUUCCUCUGAAAACGUCGGACAAAAAUAUAUCCAAGUCACCUAGAUCCAAUGGUACACCGACUAAAAUACGUGUUCGUGAUAGACCCAAACAAACAACAGAUUCUGUAAAUGCAAUAUGCCCUUCUCAGAUGAAAAGCUCUGUAAAUCUCACAAAACGGCAUUGUCCGAAUCCUUCUCCAGACAAACUCAAAGAGAGUGCAUCGAAACUCUCUGUGUGUCAAAUAGAGCAAAGUGAAAACUAUGUUUCUAAUGUUUCUAAACGUCUGAAGUUCACAGACCCAACGUCCCCUAACACAAGUACACCAGUGGUUGUUCAGGUCAAUAAUCCGAGUAACCUUAUGAAUGGUAGUAAAUGUAUAGAACCACAACCUCAGGAUACUAAGUUUAGUGAAAAUCUAGAUACUUCAGUAUCCCAAACAAGUAUUCCAACAUCUCAAUCUCCUUCGUCGAAGCCCCGAGUAACGAAUUCCACGCGUUUGUCAAAAGUCAAAUCAACUGCGGAACUAGUCCAAGUUGCAGGAGAUUGUAUCGAUUCCGUAACUGCUGAUCGCAUUCUUACGAACAGAAUCAGCAAAGAAGUCGACCCUCCUGGAGUAUGUUCUUUGAUGCAACCCACAAAAACACGCCUAGGUCGUACAAACUCUGGCUCUCAUUCAAGUUCGCGCAGCAUCUCUGCCGGUACCAAUGAAACCUCGCAUCCUCCCAAGUGUAACACAAUUUUAGACUUAAAGUCUGAAGUAUACUUGAAGUGUAGAGAAAAUCCAGCUGUGUACGAAAAGAAUCACAACUUAAUUUCAGAUUCUGUUCAAAGUGUUAUACCUUCUGUAAACAUUUCAUCGAUUAAUAAUCAAAGUCCCUCACGCUGUAAUAACGAAAUUAUAUCCGAUCGAUUAUUAUUCGAUGUCGAAAAUGACACUAUGUCAAAUGCUCAGAAAGUUAAAAAGAAGAAGAAGAAACAUAAACAUCAUAAAGACGAAGCUGAAAUUUCCGAAGGCUCUUCCAGAAUACAUUCCAACCAACUAAAAGGCCAUCAUAAACGCAAAGUGGUUCUCCCUCCCGUGACUAACUUUAUGAAUGAUUGGCCUGAAUUGCCAUCUUUGCCGGAAGACAUUGACUGGUAUAGCCUUGACCGCAGUUACAUGACUGUCUGUGAUAAAGAUUCUACGAAAGUUUCAGAGUACAACUCUCCUGAAAAGUGUACAGUAGAUACAGGGAUUGAAUAUGCUUGUAUCUCUCCUACUAAUUUACACUCAAUCAUCCUAGAUGAUCAGUAUUUACAUAUACUACCCUGGGUCGAUAUGAUUGGUUACAAGCGUCAUUUCUUCCCCCCGUGUUCCGAUCAGGAGCUAAGUAAGCUAACUUCAAUGCCCGAGCCGUGGUGAUACGUGUAAUCCCGUUGACAAAUCUUUAUUUAUGGUGCCUUUCUAUGAGAUAAACUGACCUGUUCUACUUGUUUCUUUCAGAAUGUGACUAAUUUAAUGUAUUUAAAUUUUUUUUGGUUUAAUACUGAUGCACAAACCAUGCAGCAUUUAUUUCACUCGUCAGUAGCAUGAUUUUCUACCGUUCAGAACUAAAGUACAUUUAGCUCGGUCUGGUGCCUCUAAACUAGUUCAGUCACUUGUAAGUGUACUGGACAUAAAUAUUCAUCUAGUCUAAGUGGUUUUUGGAACUUAUAACUAGUGUUCCACUUUUCUCUUGAAUAAAAGUACAUAUCGGAGGCCCUAUCCGUGCUUUGUGAAUGUUUCUACUGAAGUUGGGCUCGAAGUUUUUUGUACAUAAAUUUUUGAUUGUUUGAAAAAACAAAUAUAAAAUACACUUGACACGUUUUCGUGAUUUUGUCUUUAACUUAUCACUGCGUAAAUAAAUCGUCGUGGUCGGUCGGAUAUCUCCUAGUUGUCUGCUUUUGAAUCGAGGUCACAGAACAAGCACUUGGGUCUCUUUCUCCAGUCA